AUGCUCAAACGUAUGUUUUUUAACCGCCUAGGCAUUAAUGAAAAGGCCGAGCAAUACCGUCCUAAAGGAUCUGCAAAGGUCACUUCUAUUGAGAAACGCUACCCAUAUCUUCACUACACCACUCCACACAAAACACUGAACGACAAGCAAGAGAAGAAGAAGCUAGCAAAGGUCAAGCAGAUUGCCAACUGGCUUGAUAACGCAGUUCCAGGCUCACCUGUUCCACUAGGAAUUGACUCUCUUUUGAGCUUUAUUCCAUUUAUUGGAGGCUUCUUGGGUUCCAUACUUGCAAUGUACCAAAUCUAUUUGUCUACCCAGUUUGGUAUCCCACUAUGGCUUCUUUUCCGUAUGCUACUCAAUGUGCUUCUUGAUUUCAUGAUCGGCAUAAUUCCUAUCAUUGGUGGCUUUUUGGACAUGUUUUACAAAGCCAAUUUAUGGAAUGCAGAGGCUCUGGAGGAUUGGUUGGCACAUCCAGGACCUAUACUUGAUCCUGUUACUGGAUCAAGUGCAGCAGUAGCAACUCAAAUUACCUGGCGCCAGUUGACUCAUGAUGCAUUGCACAUAUUCCAUUCAAUGGUCCCAUUUAUUUCUCCUGCGAAUAAGUCAUGA